AUGGAACCAUUUCCUAAUCCACUCAUCAACUCUAAUCAUCUUCCAUUUCUCUCUUGUCUUUCAAGUUUCAACCUCAAUAAUCCACCAUUAAUGACUCUUCAAGCUUCUUCAAUGGCUCCAUCCUCUCCAGUGACCAUACAACGAUCACCAUGGCACUCACCAGUACCCUACCUGUUUGGAGGGUUAGCUGCCAUGAUGGGUCUCAUUGCCUUCGCCCUCUUGAUCCUCGCAUGCUCCUACUGGAAGAUCUCAUCCGAAGCCGGAGACAGAGACCUUGAGGCCGGAGAAGGAGACGCAGACGGCGACUCCAAACCCGGUAAUCACAAAGAAAAGGAAACUCCUGUUUUCGAAGAGAAGUAUCUGGUAAUAAUGGCGGGACAAGAUAAACCGACGUUUUUGGCAACACCCAUAUCCAGCAGAGCGUCGUCGUUUGGUAGCUGUAGUUCCUGUGGCAACUCAACGGUGUCGACGGAGACAUCGUCGGUGACGGAGGAGGAAAAAGAGAAGACUUGUGAUCAGUUACAAGUAACGAAUACGGAGAACCAUGAGACAGCAGAUCAAGAGCUUUCUUAG